AUGGCGCCUCCACCGAGGCCUGAUAAUAGCAUGGAGCUGGCUGAGACUAUUACUCAGUCAGGGAAAGACCAAACCCAAUAUCAUGCGCAAGUAGAUAGAAGACGGAAAAAUAGGCAGGGCAUCAUCGAGAACCCCUUAGCCUACUUGACCGACGAGGAACUUCAACACGAUGUUAAUAUAUUCUGGAAGAAUUGUUUAUCGGCGGUCAACCGGGACGACCUGCUCCGAGCGGCUCGCGUAGCUCAAAAUGCCCGCUCCUAUGACGAGGUCGCUCGGUCUGAGGAUCCUAGAGCCGGCUACCAUCUUCCCGUACAUCUUAGUGACGAAGAGAAGGUGGCGCUGAAGGCAGAGAAGGACGUUCUCUUCUCGCAACGGGGGAUGUUUACCGUAAUACUCACUGUGUCGCUAGCUGCCUUCCUCCAGGGAUUUGUGCAGUCAUCUAUUAACGGGGCCUCGCUCUACGCAACUGAGUUUGGACUUCCUAACGUGACCUCAACGAGGACGAACUUUACUACCAUUGCUGACGAAAACAGCCGUCCUCAGUUGGACGACUGGAAACUCGGGGCAACUAACGCCUCGCCGUUCUUCUUUGCUGCUCUUAUGGGCUGCUGGCUGUCUCUGCCUCUCAAUGAUCGAAUUGGUCGACGUGGCGCUAUGGCCGUAGCUGCCUGUCUCAUAUUCGCCAGCUCGUUGGGCUCGGCGUGGUGCUCAGGCUGGCGGGAAUUAUUGCUGGUGCGUAUAGUAAACGGCAUUGGCAUGGGAGUUAAAGCUUGCAGCACACCUAUUCUUGCGGCGGAGACUGCAGUUGGUUUUUGGCGAGGGAGUUUUAUUCUUGCUUGGCAAUUAUGGGUUGCCUUUGGAAUAAUGAUCGGUUUCGCAUUCAACCUAAUCUUCUAUACCGCACAUACCGACAAGCUAUCACUCCAGUUGAUCUUGGGAGCACCAUUCGUUCCAAGUAUCUUCCUCAUGAUAGGGCUUUGGUUCUGUCCCGAAAGCCCUCGAUAUUAUAUGCGGCAGAGGACUUCUAGUUAUAAUCCUCAAAAGGCAUAUGAUGUCUUGCUAAAACUCCGGAAAACAAAGUUGCAAGCUCUCCGGGACACUUACUUGGUCUACAAGUCGGUCCAGCUUGAAGAAUAUUCGGAUGAUUCUAAUGUAGGAAAUCUAGGCGACGAUGUUCCUCGGGGAUUCGUCGCUCACAUUAAGAACUACGCAUCCCAAUAUAAAGAACUAUUUGCCCAAAGACGACUGAGGAAUGCUUUAAUAAGUAGUUCCAUAGUCGCUCUGGCUCAACAAUUAUGUGGGAGUACUUUGUUUAGCGGGGUGUUGGCAAAUGGUAACGGCCCUCUUAUGCCGAUGGUCUACAGUUUAGGAAUUGGGGCAGUAAACUUCGUUUUCGGUCUCCCGGCAAUUCGGACUAUAGACACGCUCGGCCGCCGCAAGUGGCUUGUACUAACAUUGCCUGUUAUGUGUUUACUUAUGAUGGCUGCUGCUCUGUCCUCCCUUAUCACCAACCAGACUACCAGGGUCGGAAUAAUUGCUCUCUUCGUAUUCUUAUUUGCGGCGGCAUACUCACCAGGGAUGGGUCCGAUUCCAUUCACACUUGCUUCCGAAAGCUUCCCACUAUCCCAUCGUGAGGCCGGAUGCGCAUUCGCAAUCAUGAUCAACCUCCUUUUCGCUGGACUUAUCCAGAUGUUCUUCCCCAGUAUUUACGCCAGCCUCCACGACGGCGGCUCUCUCGCCCUCUUCGCGGGUCUUAACCUGCUCGCCUUCGUACUCGUCUUCCUGUUCGUCGAGGAGACGAAGCGGCGCUCCUUAGAAGACCUAGACCUCGUGUUUGCGGUCCGCAAGCGCGAUUUUGUUCGCCAUCAAGUCACCAGGUAUCUGCCUUGGUUCUUCCGUCGCUAUGCGCUCGGUCGUACCGAGGAUAAACCCUCGCUUUACGUGGAUUUGAUUUGGAACGGGCCGCGGACGCAGCCGCAUUUCCCUCAUGUCGACGAGGAUGUGACGGAAGAACAGAGAGGUGGAGAUGGAGGUGUACCUAUGGGUAAUGACUGGAACGGCUUCGCGUCGAAUUCUGGCCAAGCUUAUGGUGGCGAGGAGAACGUCUCGCCGUCUUCCCUUCGCCGACCGUCGGGACUUAUAAUUCCGGAUUAUACGGCUAGGAUUUCGGAAGACUCGGAUGAUUCGGCACAUAGGUGA